UACACUGCCGUCGAUGGAAAAAUGGCGUUACGAGCAGCUCUAGACUGUAACAAAAAGUGGGGCAGUAGUAGAGUCAAGAGACCACUAUGAUUAACCAACGUUUGUCGGUCCACUUAAGUACAGAAAACUGCUAUUAGUCAUAUAAAUGUAUAUUAAUACAGUUGCACACUCGACUUUGUAAAGGCGCGCCACAGAUGGACAAAGACAGACUCGCAGCUGGUGCAUGCUCAUGGCUGGAUAUGCAUCACUUUAUUGGUGACCUUAUGGCAGCAAGUGCUUCAGUCUCUGGUCAUCAACUCAGAGAGCAACGUACAGAGGAGACAGUGAGUUCUGUUUGGCCCAAAGUCUCUCAUCCUCCCCAGUCUACUUCAUCCAGACAGAGCCAGGUGAAAAGUGCCGUCCGGUUUGGUGUGCAUUCUGAGGAAAAGGAAAAAGAGCCCAGAGACCAUGUUCAGCAUCGUACCUGCACAUGUCCUGGCUGCCCUCUUUCCUCAUCUACUUCUAGUUCCUCAAUCCAGACCCUGAAACCAAGAACCAGCCCGGCCACACAGAUCCAACCACCUUCGCCCCUACAAUCCACCCUGCAACAGCAGGCCAAAGAGCCCAGCCAUGCCUCUGUCGGCCUGGGAUUGUGUCUAGGUUUGGGUCUCUCUCUGGAAGAGGAAAACAGAGAGCCCAGCAGCACAUCUGGUCACCCCCAACAGGAAGACAAAGGCACUAGCACACACAGCCCAAUCCCUCAGGCAAAUCCCGAGUCCACCAGUGUGCCGCCUGUUCAGGCCUUUGCAUGUCUAUGCUGCCACCGUGGCUUGCAAACCUGUAGCCAACUUCUCCGUCAACAAAAGGACCCAGAGGCACAUGUUGCCCACCACCACUUCCAUCACCACCACUGCCCGCUCACCACCUGCACAUCAUGUACGCUCCCCUCCUUCCCUUGCCUGUCCUGCCAGCGCACCUUCCCCACUUGCGCCGAGCUCCUGCGGCAUCAGCAGGGCCACUCUCAGCAGGAGGGCCUGCAGCAGCUCCCGUGCAUGCACUGCAAUGCCUCUUUUCCCCGGCCGUCUCAACUGCUGCAGCACCAGCGAACUCAGCACGCAUCCAAAGCAGGCGGCUUCCUGUGCGCCGAGUGCGGACGUGCGUUCAACUCGCACAGCAAUCUGCGCAUCCACCUCAACGUGCACACUGGCGCCCGACCGUACAUCUGCACCGACUGCGGCAAGAGUUUCAGCCAGUCCGGGGCACUUAAGAUUCACCGCCGCAUUCACACCGGAGAGAGGCCGUACACCUGUUCUUAUUGCGGGAGGGGUUUCCCUCACCUGGCUGGGGUAAGAGCGCAUCAGCGAAUUCACACCGGGGAGAAACCGUACAGCUGCAGUCAGUGUGGAAAGUGCUUUACUCAGUCUGGGGCUUUGAAAAUCCACACUCGCAUCCACACCGGCGAGAGGCCUUUCGUGUGCGGCCUCUGUGGGAAGAGCUUUUCGAACCGCUCCGGCAUCCGCUUUCAUCACCGCACGGUUCACGGGAUCGUGACGGAGCCCAACUCUGUGGGCAGGCCUAGUCUGGCUGCCUCUGCGUCAGCCACAGUUUCAGAAUUCCAGAGAAUCCAAGCCUCCAGUCUCGACCAGAUUCAUCUCCGGCAAAUGGAAGGGAAGAGUCCAGCUAGUAAAGAGCAGUUAAGUGGGGAUGGGGACAAAGCCGCUCUUCCGUAUGCCUGCGAGGACUGCGGACAACGCUUUCCAGAUGCUCCGACUAGAAAUAGACACCAGACGUUGCAACACUAUUCUUCGGAAGAAAGAGAGAAGGAAGAGAGCAGCUCAGCUAAAACUAAAGAUUAGGCAACAGUUUCUGACUGUAUUUUAAAAAGAGAGGGAAGAAAAAAGGGCAACUUUAAUGUGUAAUGUAUUGAGCCUGAAACAUGAUGUCAGUCCCCUCACACUAACUAUCUUGUUAAGUCAUGACUCGUGACACAAGAAAUACUGUUUCUAUACAUUUCAAUUGAGUACUAUCUCAACAGGCGUUCAUGGGCAAUAUUUAUUCAAAUUAAGCAAAGUUAAUGUGGCGUACACUACUAUCUCUGGGCUCACAGUGUUUUAACGAUUUAUAAAAUCUGAGAUUUCGGUACAGAGAUAAAGGUUAGGAUUGUGAUUGUUUAGUAUUAUUACCACGCAGUGUGGGCUAGCAUUGUUUGCUGUCUGUUUCUGGCAUUUGAUGAGCAUUUGGAUCCAGAUAUGGUGAUGCGUGGUGUCAGACAUAACAAGCAAAAUCUUGUUUUGGUAAUGUACAUUUCUUUUUCUUGUUAUUUGUGCCUCUAAAAAGCUAAAUUGAGACAACCUGUAACUGCACCUUAAACAUUAAAGCUUUGCCUAUUAGUAUAAAACUAUUUACGUUUUAAGUAUUAGGGUAUUUACGUAUAUAUAUUACAAAACCUGGGGCCAGCUGUUGAGACAGUCUCUCAAGGUUUAGAAUAACCCACUAGCAGUUAGUCUUACUUUUUGUUAUCAAAUUAGGCCAAUCUACCUUAAAUUUUUAAAAAAAUCAUUAAGUCAUUUUUUACUUUUUAAUCAUUUUAAAAAACAUUAGGAGGACUAACUUGUUAGACUAGUCUUAGCGGUUCAUUCAACCGCUGGCCCCUUCUAGUUUUUCCACCAUCUGGCUGAAUGGUUACCAGAAAGCAAAGGGAAGGAUGCUAGGUUUACAACUGACAAGCGACCAUCAGCAUGAUUCUCCUGUCUUAAGUACGUUUAGCUAAAUGUAGUGAGAAAUCCAAGUGUAGGAACGGAUUAUAAUUGCACUGUAUCGAACUGUCUGAAAUGCUACUCUGGGACCGCUUACAAUGAUGGUGGAAAGGUGUUUUAUUUUACACUUAAGGACUUUUUUUAUGUAGGCCUAUGUAUGUGCAAGAAUUUAGUAGUUUUGCUUGUUUUUUUGUUGUUGUUGCUUUUAAUAUUUAUUUUUAGUGUCCAAAUGAACUUCUAAUGCUAUCUUGAUGUUGAGCUGGAUAAUUAAGAACGUUUUCUGGUUGGAUAAUUUCUUAGGUUUUAACAUAAGGAAAAAAGUAGGCCUAAAAUAGACGGAGUAAGUUCUCUGUUGUGCAUUGGCUGAAGUAAUAGUGCCUUUCUUAAUGGGAAUCUGGCAAAGCACAUGCAAACCAAGACAAAUAUUUAGAUUCUGGCCAUAGCAGUCAAAAAUCAAAUAUGGCCAUCAAUUGCUACAACUGUUCUAUAAAUGUGUAUUUAAAUGAAAUGAAGCUCUUGCCAUUUUUGAAUGCCUUUCAGCUUGUUGUGUGGGGAUGAAUAUUAUGACAUAAUUUAGGACAUAUGAUUUACCUGUUGUUGCUUAUGGUGUAUGCAGGGCCUGACAGUACGCAAGAGUCAAGGGGCUGCCAUUUUCACAGUUGGUCAAAGGUGUGUUAAAGAUAUCUUUAGAUAUCUCUGAAUUAUUACUCAGAAUUAAAGUUUGGCAAAACUGUAAUGGGAAAAGUAUUGUCCAUUAUUGUUGUCCAUUUUGUAUCUUCAGCAUUACUACACCAUUGAUAUAUAAACCCUCCUUAUGUGGUAUUGUGUUUGACCGAUCAUUAAUAUUAGUGAUUGUAACCUCUCAACUUGAUGAUACUUUUUGUACAUCUGUCAGUUCAGCUCAUCUCUACAUGUUAAUUGUGUACACAUACCAACAAAAAUAAAUGUUGAUUGACCUUAUUUGAACUUUA